CGUCGCGACGGGCCACAGUGGCAGAGUGGCACUAGUGGCGGUUCGGAGGAGCAAAGUGGUGAGCUGGUUAUUUUUAUUGUUUUAAUAAUACAAAAAACUGUCAUCCCUAAAUGUAAAAAAUAUGCGGAAGUAAAAAUACUCUCAGGAAAGAAAUCGUAUGCCAAGUCUAAGACAAGAUGUCGACGUCAGCAAUAUACAUCUUGGACGUAAAAGGCAAGGUGUUGAUCUCGCGCAACUAUCGUGGUGACAUCGAGACUGGUGUCAUAGAAAAGUUUAUGCCACUUGUGAUGGAACGCGAAGAGGAAGGUAAUCUUACUCCGAUCAUUCAGACACCAGAGUGUACAUAUGCAUAUAUAAAAUAUAAUAAUCUGUAUAUCGUAUCUACUACAAAGAAAAAUGCAAACAUAUCUCUGGUAUUUGUAUUCUUGCACAAAGUGGUGCAUGUCAUGCAAGAAUAUUUCAAAGAAUUAGAGGAAGAAAGUAUACGAGACAACUUUGUCGUUAUUUACGAGCUCCUAGACGAGUUGUUGGAUUUUGGCUAUCCUCAAACCACCGAUAGCAAGAUUCUACAGGAAUAUAUUACUCAAGAGGGUCACAAACUAGAGAUUCAACCCAGGAUUCCUAUGGCUGUGACCAAUGCUGUCUCUUGGCGAUCAGAAGGCAUCAAAUACCGCAAGAAUGAAGUCUUUCUGGAUGUAAUAGAAUCUGUGAAUCUUUUAGCGAAUGCUAAUGGAAAUGUUUUAAGCUCGGAAAUUGUUGGUGCCAUAAAGAUGAGAGUCUAUCUGUCAGGGAUGCCAGAAUUAAGGCUAGGUCUCAACGACAAGGUUCUAUUUGAGUCGACGGGACGCGGCAAGUCAAAAUCUGUGGAACUGGAAGACGUCAAGUUUCAUCAAUGCGUCAGGCUGUCACGUUUCGAGAACGAUCGUACGAUCUCGUUCAUCCCACCGGAUGGUGAGUUUGAGCUGAUGUCAUACAGACUGAAUACACACGUGAAACCUCUGAUAUGGAUUGAAUCCGUAAUCGAACGGCACGCUCACAGCCGAGUCGAAUAUAUGAUAAAGGCGCGAUCGCAAUUCAAGCGUCGUUCGACGGCGAACAACGUGGAAAUCGUGAUUCCGGUGCCAAACGAUGCCGAUUCGCCCAAGUUCAAGACCACAAUUGGCAGUGUCAAGUAUUCGCCCGAGCAGAGCGCCAUCACUUGGAUCAUUAAGUCUUUUCCCGGUGGCAAAGAGUACCUCAUGAGGGCUCACUUUGGAUUGCCAUCUGUAGUCGGAGAAGAUGUCGAGGGUAAACCGCCCAUACAGGUGAAGUUCGAGAUACCGUAUUUCACUACGUCCGGUAUCCAAGUGCGAUACCUGAAGAUCAUUGAGAAGAGUGGGUAUCAGGCUCUGCCUUGGGUGCGUUAUAUCACGCAGAAUGGAGAUUACCAGCUGCGGACGAAUUAGCUAAUUGACAACAGAGUCAGGAUGACAUCAGGAUUUCGGGCGUUAUGCCCGAAUACGAAGACUAAUCGAAUGCGUAGUACGUUUCAGAGCGAAUUAGAAUCGACGGUAAUCGUUUAUCAUUCCGAUACAAUGUGAUGGAAAGAUGACGCGGAAUACGAUGCAAAAACAAAUUGAAUUUUCGAAUACCCUUCUAUUUGUUCUGAUAAAUUUCACAUUCAUUAUGCACUUUUUAAUAUUUCUCUAAAAUAGGAUAAUAUGCAUGGAGAAAACAUUCUCUUCACAGACACAUUUUACAUUUGAGACGAUUCAUGUCUAAAAAGUAUUUAAUCUAAAUGGGCUUUUCCAUCGAUAUCGAUAAACUUUAUAUAUUUCCCAAUUUAUUUUUUAAACACGAUGACUUUAUAAGGGCGUCUAAUAAAACAUAACUGCAACUUUAUGUGGAAAUCAUGUAAAUAAAUCAGCAAUUUAUUUUAUAAUAUUUUCCUUUAACAAGGCGAAUUUAUGGACGGGCAGAAAGGCUCGGUAAAAUUAAAAACUCUAGAUAGUAUUAUAUAAAUAAAGAUUAAAUAUAUACCGAUAUCAUGUUUAAUAAUCGUAAUAUUAUUAGAUUUAUGUCGUUACAACACAUAUUAAUGUAAGAUAACUUAAUAAUAUAUUAAAUUUUUAAAAGAAAUGAUAUAUAUAUAUAUUAUAGAAAUGAUUUUUUUCUUAUUAUAUUCUCGGUCGCAUUUUCAUUUUUUUUUUCAUUGUAACUCGUUUAUAAUCGGUUACCUGUUCCCUUAAAAAUUUCCGUGCCUUGGAAAAAUUAAAGAUUGCUCGGAUAUGCCACAUUGGGAAUGGCAUAAGCGUUCGUUGGUGCGAAUAAAAUGAUACAUAUUUCAACGAGAGAAAGGGGGAGGGGAACACGAAAACGCGAUUAGAACGAAAUGGUGGAAGCUGAAAAGUUUUUAUUUCGGCCUCUCUUUCUCGUCCUACGAAUGCUCGCGGUAUGCAAAUUUUUUUGGCAUAAACGCGCACGAGCGUGUAAUAAUUUUAUGGAAAUCGCUUAUGGUAGUCUCGCCAAGCACAGAAUUUCACACACGUGCGCGCGCGACGCGAAUCAGGAAGAGAAUAUGAAGCACGGGGGGGGGGAAAAAAUCUAUCUCUCUCUUUCUCUCCUUCUACACUCUCGCGAUAAGCGACGCCUUCGUGGUCCAGGUACGUCGAAUCGAGAAAAGAAUGACGUCCGCAUGCUUAUCCCAUAUUCAUCGGCAGUACCGAACGAAUUUUUUUCUCUCCCUUUUUUUGCUACUCCUUUCUUUUUUAUCUCGGUCCGCCCACCCUGUUACGAGCUGCAUUACGGCGCGCCGGAAUGCGACGGGCGAGAUAGCGAUGGUAAUGUUCGGUUACUGCAUAGAUAGUAAUCGGCCUGGAAAUGGGUAAAGGGAGGUUGUUACGAGUGAAUUAGCGGGUCUGCGUGCAAUGUGUUCGAAGUAACUGCUAGGGAUUCCCGAGAAUCGGUUUGAUGCGAGAAGGCUUCUAGCAGCCGAUUACACAACGGGAAGAUACGUAUCGCGCGUAAUUAAUUAUUGUAAUUUAUAUAAAAAAUUAAUUAUUAAUAUUUUUUAAAUUAUAUAAAAAUUAAUACAAUUAAUUAUUAUAUGAUUUGUAAAACUCGAUCUAAAUAUAUAUUUUUUCAUAUCGAUCA